ACUAACAUGGCGGCCACGAAGAAAAUCGAAGAGGCGCUCGCUCACGUCAGAGAGGCUGAGAAAAGUCUCAAGACAAGCCUCCUGAAGUGGAAGCCCGACUAUGAUGUUGCUGCCGAUGAGUAUAAUGCUGCUGCAACAUGUUACAAGACGGCUAAGCAGUAUACACAGUGCCGAGAGUGUCUCCUGAAGGCAGUGGAGUACUACAAGCUCAAUCGAUCAUUCUUUUCAGCUGCCAAAUGCUUAGAUCAGGCUGUUCUGAUUAGCAAGGAAAUGGGAGACUUGGACAAUGUGUUCAAGUUUUGCGAACGAGCUGCUUGCAUGUAUCAAGAGCACGGAGUCCCUGACACCGGAGCACUUUCGUUGGACAAGGGCGCCAAAAUCAUCGAACAGCAGCUUCCCGAAAAGGCUCUUCAUCUUUACGAGCAUGCUGUUGAUAUUGUCAUGAUUGAAGAUCGGCCCAGGCAAGCAGCAGAGUACCAGAGUAAAGUGACUCGAAUCAACGUUAAGUUACAGAAAUAUGAUGCAGCUACCGACUCCAUCAGGAGAGAAAUCGGUUACCACCAAGCAAGUGAGAAUAAUCCUGCUAUUGGACGGCUGGCAGUGGCUCUCGUCCUUGUCCAGCUAGCAAGAGGAGAUCCCGUAGCAGCCGAGAAAGCGUUCAGAGAAUGGGGUGCUUACUGUGACCAGGAGGAGGUGUCAACGCUGGAGAUGCUGAUCCAGGCCUUUGACGAGGAGGAUGGAGACAUGGCGAGGAAAGCCCUCAAUUCUCCUUUCAUAAAACACAUGGACGUCGAGUAUGCCAAGCUUGCACGCAGUCUCCCUAUCCCUAAGACAAGUCAGGAGUCAAAGAAGCCUGGAGUGACAGACACAUACCCACCUUACACUUCAAGUACCGCUGCAGAUGUGGGGUCCAUCACCAGGGGAGUUGCUGACACCUCAAUAUCCCAGGGAGAUGAUGAGGACCUUGACUUGUGCUGAGGUGGCCUGGAUGGACGUUCCGUGUGACGUCUUUUGGAGAGUUCCUGUGUCCCAGGAGGGUACAGCUUCACCUGCACAGUAUCACACAAACCUGCAGCAGAUGGUAUCUUGACACCAGCACGGUAUCUUGUCACCUGCAGAAGAUGGUAUUGCGACACCUGUAAGGGUAUCCUAUUACCUGUAGCUGAUGGUACUUUGACACCUCCAUGGUAUCUUGACACCUGCAGCUUGAGGUAUCUUGACAUUUGAUAGGGUUACACUACCUGCUCACAGGUGGAAAGAGCAUGACAAGAUAACUCAUUCUGAAGUAGGUCGUGAUAGUAGGAUGCAGUAGCCUGAAAAAUCCUUGACCAGUACUUCAAAAGGUGAAAAAAAGGGAAAAAGAACAAUCGUAAAAGGGGCUAUAGGAAACAGGAUGUCAUCCAUUCAGAAUGCCUGAUCUUGUCAUUCGUCCUUUCCUCACACUGUAGGUACAUGCCAACAAAAAAGAAAAAGUUCCCGAGAACUUGCCAGGUCCAAACAAUUCAUGCCUCAGUGCAUAGCAUUUACAGUCAGGAAGUUACUUGUAGGGCGCUUGUAACUGAAACGGUGUCACAUCGUCACUGUUUUUAGGCUGCUAGGGAGGUGAUUGAGGUUCUAGGCUUUUAGGUACAAGGAAG